AUGAUUCAACACGUGGCAUCACCGAUCCAAGUCAAAGGGAUCCCACAGGGAAGUCCGGAGUAUGAGCAGAAGCGUGCAGACCUUCUCCGGACCUUCUAUGACAAGAUUCCUGCACAGUAUUACCUCCCGCGAUCGCUCAUUGAGCAUCCACCACUAGAUGUGUCCGGAAUUCCUCGAACGGCAGGUAUCCUGACCUCUGAGGAAGUCGAGAUCACCGAAACCUACGAUGCUGUGGGCCUUGCAGAAGCGAUUGCCGCGAAGAAGUACACAUCAGUGGCUGUUGCGUCUGCAUUCUGUAAACGCGCUAUAGUUGCUCAUCAACUCACCUGCUGCCUGACUCAGUGGUUUAUGGAUGAAGCCAUUGAGCAGGCGAAGCAGCUGGAUGAGUAUCUUGCUGUAAACGGAAGAACUAUUGGACCGCUCCAUGGCGUCCCCAUCAGCAUCAAAGACCAUAUGCCUAUCGCUGGUACCUACAGCUCCAUGGGUUGUUUCGGGUCGAUUGUCAAGGAUGAGACGGAUAGCCACAUGAUCAAGAUCUUACGGAAUCUUGGAGCGGUGUUUUACGUCAAGACGAAUCAGCCCCAGACUAUCAUGCAUCUUGAGAGCGACUCGCAUUGGGGUCGAGUGUUGAAUCCUUACAACAUUAAUCUGUCUGCCGGAGGAUCAACCGGAGGCGAGGCAGCUCUGAUCGCUCUUCAGGGGUCCGUGCUCGGGGUAGGUACCGACAUUGGAGGCUCUAUCAGAGGUCCCAGUGCGUUUUGCGGCAUUUACGGCUUCAAACCUACCUCGUACACCUUGCCGAUGAAAGAUUUCCUUCCCGGUGGCUUCCCAGCUGAAAUCAACAUCCUUUGUUCAACAGGGCCAAUGUGUCGGUCUCUAAGAGAUAUGGAGCUUUUCAUGAGCACUGUUCUGGCAGCGAAGCCUUAUUUGAGCGAUCCUAGAAUCAUUCCGAUACCUUGGACAGGUCUUCAAACUCCUACGAAGAAGCUGAAAAUUGGCAUCAUGAACGAUGACGGCUUCAUCCGCCCUCAACCGCCCGUCCAGCGUGCGAUGGCAUGGGCACAGUCGAUUCUGUCACAAGAACAAUAUUCUAGCCUAUUUGAAUUGAAGACAUACAAACCCUAUGACGCCCAAGGAGCCUGGGCUAGAAUUCGAAAGAUGUACUGGCCGGACGCUGCAAACGGUCCCAAGGAAGCCAUCACAUCCACCGGCGAGCCCAUCCUUCCUCUGAGCAGAUGGAUCUGGAAGGACGCAGAGUUGGAAGGCGAAAAGACUGGUACAGAAGUGAGCAAGAUGCGUGUAGACAGGGAUGAGUUCAGGUGCAAUUUUGCCGAGGGCUGGAUGUCUCAAGAUGUCGACGUUGUGUUGGCUCCUGCUUAUGUCGGCCCAGCUUGCGCUCACGAUACCGCUUUCUACUGGACAUACACUUCGCUGUGGAAUUUUGUCGACUAUCCCGCGGCCGUUUUCCCAACUCCUAUUACGGCUAAGGCUGAUGAGCAAUAUUCAGAGGGCUACACGCCACUUAGCGAGGCUUGCUCUCACGUCAAGCAGCUGUGGGAAGAAACAAGCUUUGUUGGUGCACCCAUCGACCUUCAGCUUGUGGCAAAGAAGUACCACGAUAACGAACUCUUUGGCGCUUUGCAAGUCUUGAAGGACGUGUUGAGUCUAUCAUAG